AUGACUAAGGCCACGACGUUCAGAGCCAAACCUUUUCCACAAGAGGACUUGAAUGUUGUAUUUAUACAUUUCAUCCUGCUCUUCAGCCGACAAGGGAAGCUACGGCUGCAGAAAUGGUACACGACUCUCCCUGACAAGGAGAGGAAAAAGAUCACCCGGGAGAUUGUUCAGAUUGUCCUCUCUCGGGGUCAGAGGACGAGCAGUUUCGUCGACUGGAAGGAGCUGAAACUUGUUUAUAAAAGGUAUGCUAGCUUAUACUUUUGCUGUGCAGUAGAAAGUCAGGACAAUGAGCUCUUGACACUAGAGAUUGUGCAUCGUUAUGUGGAGUUGCUGGACAAGUACUUUGGAAAUGUCUGUGAGCUGGAUAUUAUCUUUAAUUUUGAAAAGGCUUAUUUUAUCCUGGAUGAAUUUAUAAUCGGUGGAGAAAUUCAGGAAACAUCCAAGAAAACUGCCGUCAAAGCCAUUGAAGAUUCUGAUAUGUUACAGGAGACCCUGGAGGAGUACAUGAACAAGCCCACCUUCUAACCGCGCCCCGUCUCGGAGACCCUGCGGCCGCGCCCUGGGCCGGUGAAGAGCCGCGCCUCGUGCCCGGCUAUGGGACAGAGCCUCCGGCACCUCGCCAAAGACCGCUUCAAAGGGAUUUUUUGUUAACUAGCAAAAAUUACAGUUGUCUAACAUAAUAUAUUUAUCAUUAUUACAUGUCUGUAUUGUGCUGUAUACGAUCACGUAUUGUAGCUCUGGGUGUUCACACGAGGCUUCGUGCCUCAGUCGACUGAGCAUUUGUCUGCAAUGCAUUGACUCCACGGCAUGUUUUCAGCUGAUUGAAAUAUGUUUGUUGUAGUACGUUUUUUUACGUUUUUUGCUGCAUCUGGUCCUCUACUGACAGGCUGAACACUGUGUUGUACGAAUCUGUGAUUUCGAAUGUGAAGCUGCAAUACUUUCCCUAAAUGUUUAGCUUUUAAAAUGGUCUGAUAGGUAAUUCAAAAUUAUGUUAAUUGUUCAGAGUUCCUAUGUAAGCAAGACAUUUUUUAUUAAAAAAAAUAUGUUUUUAUUGAUUUUUAGAGAGAGAGGAAGGAAGAGGGAGA